GAAUGAUGAUGAUAAUGAUGAUGACGACAGUGACGUCAAACAAGUUAGUGAUAUACUAACUAAACUUCUUAUAGAGAAAUUCACACAGUUAUUAGGUGCUCUGAAUAUAAUAACAAACCCAAAAGAUUUAGAGACAAAGUUAAAGUCUAACUCACUACUAAUGUCUGAUGUUGAAAGAGUAGUCCUAUGGUAACUCCAUACAUUCCAUUCAUUGUCUUGCUAAGUGGUGGUAUUACAACAAUGACAGAGGUUUGGUCUCAUGGAAAGAGAGAGAAUACCACAUCUAUAGUAAAAGCAGACCUUAAACAAUCCUUAAACAAACCUUAACAAACCUUGAACAGACCUUAACAAACCUUGAACAGACCUUAACAAACCUUGAACAGACCGUGAAUAAACCUUAAACAAACCAUAACAAACCUUAACAAACCUUAAGAAACCUUGAACAGACCUUGAACAAAUCUUAAAUAAACUUUAAACAGCCUUUAAGCAGACUUUAAACAAACCUAAACAAAACUAAAGCAAACCUUAAACAAAAGUAAAGCAAACCUUAAAGAAACCUUAAACAAAAGUAAAGCAAACCUUAAAGAAUCCUUAAACAAAAGUAAAAGCAAACCUUAAACAAGUCUGAGCGUGAGUUGGGGGAACUUUUUUUCUUUGUGACGUUAUCAGAAUGGAAUAUGGGAGAUCGGUAAUAGUGGAGUUUUUUGCUAAAAUUUGGGAGGUGGUGGUGAAUGAAAUAAAAUGAAGAAUGAAAUAAAAUUAUUUAAAAACCAAAGUGAGCUGAAACCCGGCUUUCUCUACUACUCAAGGAACUGGAUGUUUUGAAAGUCCAGCUGGACAACUUGGAAAAUGAUCAACAAAAGCAAGUGGAAGCACUCGAGUCAAAGAUGGAAGAAACUGAAUUAAAGGCAAGUCAGGUGAAAACCGCAACUGUAAGUAAACCAAUUGCAAAUGACUUAAGCAAGUAUUACGUAGAGAAUAUAUAGAUAGUAUAUCAAUAUUAAAUUCAUAUUAAUCUGACACUGCAGAGAACAACGAAAAAUUCAUUAUCUUUAAACUAGAGUUUUUCACCUCUGCCGAAUUAAAUGUCGGGUGUCGACAUCUUGUUGCAAAGUCUAUGAUUUAGCUACGUUUGGAAACUUCAUUGAAAAGGUAUAUCAGUGUUAAAUUCAUAUUAAUCUGACACUGCAGAGAACAACGAAAAAUUCAUUCUCUCAAGCGGGAUUUGAACUCGCAUCUUUGGGUUUCUAGACCUUUUUUUACCAAUUUAGCUAUCGUGUCAAUGGGCAUUGCUAGUAAGCAUUAUCUAAUUUAAAUAAAUGCACGAAAUAUUUUCGGAUGAAAAUGAAUGCCGUUCAUUCAUAGGGGGAGAUAAGAGAACAAUUGGUCAAGGUUAAUACCGAGAUUGAUUGUCCUAAGGAACAGAAGACAGUGAACAAGGAACUGGAAGUUUUGAAAGUCCAGCUGGACAACUUGGAAAAUGAUCAACAAAAGCAAGUGGAAGCACUCGAGUCAAAGAUGGAAGAAACUGAAUUAAACGCAAGUCAAGUGACAACCGCAACUGCAAGUAAACCAAUUUGCAAAUGA